AUGGGACACAACUCUGACAAGAUGUACGUGACCCACUCCGAGCACGCCUCGGGUGGUCAUACAGCCUCCAGUACGGGUAAGAGGGCCGAGACUGGCAAAUCAGAGUUCCUGAGGUUACCUUUUGAUUGUUGUGCAUUGUCUUUGCAACCGUUCAAGAACCCAGUAGCCGUCAUAGCGGAUACUGCACCUGGAGAACAACCGAGAGCGGAUGUAUUUGAUCUAUUGAAUAUAGUCCCAUAUGUGAGAAAGUACAAAACAAAUCCUGUAUCGGGUAAAUCGCUAGAUACAAGUCAGUUGAUCAAGUUGAACUUCUUCAAGAACGCAGAAGGAAACAUGCAUGAUCCAAUAACGUACAAAGUUUUUUCACCACAUAUACAUAUCGUCUUUUUGAAAAAUACUGGAAACGUCUUCGACAUGGCAUCAUUACAGCUACUAGCUAUCAAACCUAAGACAUGGAGAGAUCUAGUGAACGACGAGCCAUUCAAGAGGGAAGAUAUAAUAACUAUUCAAGAUCCCCAGAAUCUGGCUUCGAGGGAUUUGAGAGAGUAUCACUAUGUGAAGAAGGAUAAGAAGGUUUCUGACGAUGAUGUCGCUGGAGAUCCGCUGAGGGGUAUAAAUGUGGAUGCUGCUGGUGGGGCAAGUAAGGUCUUGAAGAUGUUAGCUGAGAAAACAAAGGCGGACCAAUCGCCAUCCGCUACUCCACCUCCGGCUAAAUCUGCAGAACAAGAGGAGAAGAAGGAAGGUGUGAUAGCGAAGCGGAAAAUCGAACAGCUGGCAUAUAACGCAUCCAAUUUUAGCUCCGGUCGAGCAGCAGCCUCACUCACCAGUACAUCUCUAAACCCUCAGGUGAAAUCUGAAAGAGCGAUGUUCGAUGAGGAAGAAUUUAUGUUCGAAGAGAUGUCACGGCCAACCAAAGAGAAAGACCGGCUGAAGUCGAAAGCAUAUGCGACCAUAUUGACGAAUUUUGGUGGAUUGAAUGUGGAGUUGCAUGGUGACAGAGCACCUAAGACGGUGUACAAUUUCGUUCAGCUGGCUAAAUCUGGUUAUUACGAUAAUGUCGUGUUCCACAGGCUAAUACCGGGAUUCAUGGUCCAAGGAGGUGAUCCAACUGGUACAGGACGAGGUGGGAAGUCAUUUUGGGGUGAACCAUUCAGGGAUGAAUAUAAUGAAAAGGGAGCUUAUAAGCAUGAUGCACGGGGUGUUUUGUCGAUGGCAAACAGUGGACCACGCACGAAUUCGUCGCAAUUCUUCAUAACGUUCCGGGAAACCCCCCACCUGAACGGCAAACAUACGGUAUUCGGGAAAUUGGUUGGAGGUGAGGAUGUUUUGGAUAAGAUAGAAAGAGUGGCUGUGCUACCGGGAGGUGAUAGACCUGUCAAGGAUAUUGUGAUACUAGGUGUUAAUGUUCUACAAGAUCCAUUCGAAGCCUAUCAAGAACGUCUGAAGGCUCGAUUAGCCAGACAAGAUCAGUCUGACGAGGCCAUGCGCAAGAGGGCGCUAGCCAAAGAAGAACGAGAAAAGGAUAGAACUACCUGGCUAGGUACGGACUUGGGCGUGAAAGGAGAAUCGAAAUUGCAGAAAGAGAAAAGGAAAAUAGAAGAUCUAAACGGCAGUGGUGGUGUAGGCAAAUACCUGUCGACUGCAAAUACGAAAAAUGGAGGAAGUAAGGGAGGUGUGAUACCGGAAGCGAUUGACUAUAGUGCAGGGAAUGAGAAGAAGAAGACGAAAGGAGGAUUUGGUGAUUUCUCGGGAUGGUGA